ACGAAAUACUAGUAAGUUUCACCUCUUAAACGUCGCGGGAUGUCGAUCGACGUCUCUUCUAAUAGCCAAGCCCUAAACAAACACCCGCGAGCACGGAGAAAUGCAUUAAACUGCCGUCACCGUAUCGCUGAUGCAGUAGGAAAGCACUCAGUAUACUUUCUUUUGCAUGCAAAGGAGAAAAGGAAAUCUGAUAUGGAGGCACAGAUGAGGCAGCGUGUUUUCACCGGGGUGGUCACGCAGAUGCAGGAGCAUCAUGGGAUUGUGGAUCAAGAGGUUCACUUUCCAGUGAGUGUUGUGGUGGGUCGGGUGCCUCUGGUGGGAGAAAAAGUGUUGGUGAAAGCGGUCCAAGACCCCCUGAAGCCCAUCAGCUGGACGGCACAGAAAGUUCAGACGCUGAACGGACAGCCCUUCAAAUCUCCUCCUCCGCUGCUGCCCUCCAUGUCAUCCAAUCCGAAGCCUGGCAUUUUAGGGACCAAACCACAACCUCUGCUGAAAUCUCCCAAAAUACCGCCGCUGAUUCCCAGCAUGCAGCCAAAUCCUGGCGGCAUGAUGCAGAUGUCCCAUCACCAGCAGAUGUCCUGGAACGGUCCGUUUGACGGAUGGGGCGGAGGACGCAAGAGACACGCCGAGGUCAUGGGAGGACGCAGAGGUGGACGCUGGGAGGACGGAGGAGGCCCGUGGGGAGGAGACGCCAUGCACCAGAAACGGAAAAGAUGGAGGGCCGCCUCGGAGGAGGAAGCGCCCAAAAAGAGCAGCUCCGUAUCCGCGCACAGCGCUCCGUUGUUCUCCUGUUUCUCGCGCAGCACGCAGGCCUGUGAUUGUCUGGAGCUCCAGCGGAGGUACCCUCACCUUCACCUGCCCUCCAGCCUCUUCCACCUCCAGCUGUCCUGGACCGAGAGCUUCCCGCUCGACCGGCCCCUUCCUCUGAGAGGGCCGUGUCCCUUCCACGUGGGGCCGAACCGGCCGGAGAGUCAGGCGGACGCCAGCGAGGCCGCGGACGAUGCGUUCUCCGUCAGGGUUGUGUUGUUUUCUGCGCCGUGCCUCGAGGACCUGUACUCACGGUGUUGUAACCUUUCGAAGAACGGUCCGACGCAGAAGGAGGCUGUGCAUCCCACUACGCUUCUCAAAUUUGUGAUGUUGGACAGUGGAGGUGAUCUGCGUCUUCCAGGAGGUCACUGGUCACCCAGAGCAGACGGAGCCAAUCCCGUGAAGGACGCUUCGGCGCUGGUCAACACCGCAGUGCGCUGCGUGAAGGAACAAACGGCUCUGGACCUCUCAGCCUGCGCGCAGUGGCACAAGAUAGCGGAGCUGAGGUAUCUUUCCGGAGAUAAAAUGGAGACGGUUGUGGUGUUUUUGCCAGAUGUGUGGAAUUUAGUGCCAACAGAAGAAGACUGGGCAAAAUUACGAGAGAACCAGCCGGAUGGGGAUUUGUCGCUUCCAGAAGAUCCGUCUGUGGUUUUUCAGCCCUCGGCUGGACUCAACCUGUCCGUCGUGUCUCUGUCCUCACUCCUAGAGCCCCAGACGCCUCAGACGCGGGACAGCUGUGAGGUGAGUUUGAUGGCGGAGAUGUUCAGCGAGAUGCUUCAGAGGGACUUUGGGCUUGAGCUGUAUCAGUGUCUGAGCCGUCUGCCGCAGGGCCCCGGAGACAAAGAGGACAGCAGCGCUCAAACGGAGGACGAGCCCAAAAAACCAGACAAACAGACAGCAAAAAAGAAAGGACUGAUCGACGCAAAGAAGAGAAAACUCAAAGAGAAGGACGGAGAGAGAGAGACAGAAGACGCCGCGGCGCCGGACGAGACCGAGCAUCUAAAAGAGAGCAGAAGUCAAAGCGCAGGAGGAGACGGGAAGAGCGGCGGCGUCUCGGACAAAGACGGCGAACGUCCUCUGGGCUGGACGCCUGAGCUUCCCCGCAAAGUGCUGCUCUCCUGGGCCUUCUUCGACCGUCAGCUGACAGGAAGUCUUCGAGAGGCAGACCUGCUCAACAUCCUGCUGUCUCUCGGCCUGUUUCUCAGUCCUGCUCAGGCGCAGGACCUGGUCAGGAAGGCUGCGGUCGGUGGGCUUUGCCUCUACAGAAACCUGUGCGCUCGCUGGUCAGACGGCGACGGGACGGACUCAGGCGUCACCGCCGAGGGAAACAAAGCCAUGCUGCCCGGCCAGGCGUGCAAAGAGAGAGCGUCCGCCCGGCGCACCGGAAACACAGACCUGGUGCACUACAGAGGGAACGUCAUUAACUUACCGAACCUCCUGCAGACGCUGGAGAGCAGCAAAGCCGGCCAGCGGGAACUAGAGAAGUGUGUGUCCUCCCUGCAGGCCAGACUCGAGACGGCCGAAGCGAGGCAGGCGUCUAAUGAACAGGAGCAGGGCCAUCAGAAGGAGCUGAAGAGGAAGCUGGAGAAGGCCGAGAUGCUCAACAAAACGUACGAGAAGAGCUUGAGAGAGAGCAGCGGUCAGAUGAUCUCGGUCAUUGAGAAGAUGCAGAGGAUGGUUGAGCAGACAACAGCCCUCGCAAAUGCAGUAAAGGAUGAGAAGGCGUAGAAGACAAAGAAAAGCUCAUGGGAUGAUGAUGCAAUAGCGUUCGGACGGAGGAUUAUAAACCAACAAACAAA